AUGUUCAAAUUUAAAUUAUUAAUUCCAACAACCUGGAAACGAAUAAUCAGCGAUGAACAAAGUAUUGCAAAAAAACUCGAAGAAAUUUUGAAAUCUCUUCCCGUCAACAAUAGUGAAUUGAAAAAACUCAAUCAUGAGAUCAAGAACCAAUCUCAUAAACCACAUCCUAUUAAGGGAUUUAAGGAAUCUGAAAUCAUUACCAAUUUGAAACAACAGCUCCAUAAUCUCCAUGAACAGAAAUUAUCCGAAACAACCCAAGAUGAAUCCACUAUCAAAAGAUCUAUAAAGGAAACAAAGAAGAAACUCAAAGAACAAUAUAACCUUGAAUUUGCGAAAUAUAGAAAAAAGUUCAUAGAUUCCAUUAAUAACAAACACACCAAAGGAAUCCACAACUUCGAUCACCAUCUCAAAUACAAGGAAAUUGAUUGGAAUUCAACCAAAAUAACAAAAGAAGGAGCUGUGAACUACUUUAAAAACAAAUUCACCUCAAAACUAGAUGACAAAACAGAAAUUAAAUUUAAACCAGGUGAAUCAACAGUUAAAGAAGGACCGUCCAACAUUACAAUAACUAAAGAAGAUGUUACGGACGCGUUGAAAAGAAUGAAAUCAACAACACAAGGGGUAGAUUUCACAACAAAACAGAUAUUUGAAAAUAUCAAUCCCAAUAUAUUAGCAUCAGCAUUUAAUGACAUGAUCCAAAAUCAAGACAUCCCAAUAUGCUGGAAACAAGGAUGGGUUAAAUUAAUCGGAAAAAAAGAUAUAAUCACAGACUACAAAGAUCUAAGACCAAUCACAAUCAUGAAUAUUGGAUAUAGACUCCUAUUCAACAUUAUAACAUUCAAACUUAAAGAUUGGGCCGAAUCAAAUAUCAACAUUAGACAACAAGCAUUCACCCAAAAUCGAGAAACAACAAAUCACUGCAUCCUCAUACAAGCCCUCAUUAACAAAUUCAAAAAGAAAGGAUUCAUUCUAACCAAUAUAGAUAUUGCUGCUGCAUAUGAUUCCAUUGAACUCAAAAAUGUCAAUUGA